ACGAAUCAGUCGCGCUGGUUUGACCGUGAGCAGUGCAAGUGUAGUUAUCGUGAAGUUAUACACCUCAGGAUCACAACGAUGCCAGCCCCAACCGACGCCGUGUCCACGGGCGAGACAUCGCUCCUCCGCAGAGCGUGCGACAUUUUCGUCGCCACAUUCAAACGGAGCGCCACCGCUGCAGCCGCCGCGCCGGGACGCGUCAACCUGAUAGGGGACCAUGUCGAUUACUGUGAAGGAUAUGUUUUGCCUGUGGCUUUGCCGUUCCUGACUGUCGUGGUCGGUGCCCACAACGACACGUCGUCGUGUCGUGUCGUGUCCGUGUCGGACUCGGGUCGUCAGGAGGCGACAUUCCCGAUACCCAGCUCUGGGCAGCUCAAGCCGGGGGAACCCGCGUGGUCUAACUAUGUGAAGGGCGUCGUGGCUAAUUUUCCUGGCACCGUGAAGGGCUUCGACGCUGUGAUCGUCUCGGACCUGCCGAUGGGGGCUGGCCUGUCAAGCAGCGCCUCUGUAGAGGUCGCCACAUUCACUUUAUUGGAAGCUCUCGCUGGAAGUAAUGUCGACCCAGUCAAGAAGGCCCAACUGUGUCAGAAGGCCGAACACGAGUUCCCGGGUAUGCCGUGCGGCAUCAUGGACCAAUAUAUAGUCACAAUGGGGAAGAAAGACCACGCUCUGCUCAUAGACUGUCGGUCGCUAGAAUCCACCCAAGUGCCGAUCCCCCACGGCGAUACAGGCAUCCUCGUGAUCAACACGAACGUGAAGCACCAGCUGACUGGUAGCGAGUACCCGCAGCGCCGAGCGCAAUGCCAGAAAGCGGCUGAACUGUUGGGCUUUCCGUCGCUGAGAGACGCUACAAGUGAACAUGUUGAAGAUUUGAAACGAAGGAAAUGCGACUUGGACGUGAUAAGGCGAGCUCAGCACGUUGUCGAGGAGAUACGCCGCACUGAGGAAUGCGCCAAGAGCCUGCGGGUUGGAGACUUGGAGCGUGUGGGAGAGCUGUUCUACGAGUCUCACGAGACGUUACGCGACCUGAUGGAAGUGUCGUGUCCGGAACUAGAUCAGUUGGUUGCCAUAGCCAAAACGGUUGACGGCGUCUACGGUGCCAGGAUGACGGGUGGCGGCUUCGGCGGUUCGGCGGUUAUCCUUGUGAAAAACGCUGCGGUAGAACAUUUGAAAAGGCGGAUUUUGAGUGAAUAUAAAGGGACGCCAACUUUCUUGGUAGCUGUGCCCAGCGAUGGAGCGAGGAAACUGAACAUUUAAUAUGAAUAAAUUCAGCUUGGGGUCUAUUGCUAAGAGUACAAUCGUGUGACUACUUAUAGAUUUUGUACAACUAUACAAUUACAUCAGCAGUCCUAAAAAAGUUUGUACGUCAACAAAUUUGAAUUGAUCCUAUUUUCUUACCAACAUUUAGUAAUAUAAGUCGACUUUCGUAAGACAUAUAUGCAGGAUAAUUGUUAUAAUUGAGAAAAUCUAGAUACUAGAGAACCUUAAUUUCGAAAUAAUACUUACUAAAAUCUCAAUUCCU